AUGGCGAACGUACCGAAGAUCCUCCAAAUGCCAGCCGAGCUUCGUCUCAACGUGUACAAGAAUCUCAUAGCCUCGUCCUCUUGCAAAGAAAAUAUCUGGCUUCCUCUGCUUUUCACCUGUCGAACCAUCCGUGGCGAGGUUGAAGACAUGAUGUCCAAGAUGUCGCUCUACGUACGCAUCCCUGUCACUAGCACGGCCGCGGCGAUCGAGAUGAUGAACCACCACUUUGAGGACCCUUCAAGACUGGCUGAGCCGAACGACUACUACUGGGACGGAUUGAAAGGUCCAAUAGCGGCUCAGGAGUUCGCAGCGUACUGCCGUCGCUUUCGCGACGUGAUUCUGGACCUGGGCCUGGGCGAUCCGUUCGUCGCUGUGUAUCUGAGCGGGCCGCCGCUGGGGCUCGAGGAAGGUUACGAUCGUAGCUACGAUCACUACGAUACAAUCAAAGCGACCGCCACCGCACUUGAGCGAACCUUCGCCCAGCUCGUCGAGGCCGCGGGCGCAGGUCCGAAUGCGGGUCGGGGCUCGCUGCCGAAGCUUCGGAUCCUCUGGUACUGGAACUGCUCUUACACUGCGGCGCAGCUGAAGAGUAGCUCGUACAUAGACGAACUUGGCUUAAGAACGUACAGUGCGAGUGAGACAUGGGCGUGCGCCCUGCUCGAGCAGGUUAUCCGGCAGGAACAAAUGCGGCGGAGAGUAGGACGGAAGGUUUACGGCGUGGAUGAUUGUCUUUGCAUCGACCACACGGACGUGAGAGAACUUUCUGACAUUGGAAGAUGGGCUGUCGCGAAUGCAUAG